CUGAGAAUUUAUGCCGGUUGUACUGUACAUGGUUCACGACAGAAUAUUUAAAAAAUGCUGGAAAAACUACAAGGGAAAAUGAAAAUAGCAGGAAGUUAUCGGGUCGUUCAACCAAUAGAGAACUUCAAGAUAAAGGUCAAGAUCAUCCAGCAGAGAUCCACCCUCGCCGAAUUGUUUGAAAACGAAGAUGAGACUAGGGAUUCCAAUUUUCUUGAAGAUGAGGAGUAUCUUUUUACCUGGCAGGAGAAAGUAUUUGCUCCCUUCGAAGCAAGCUUUUACAGAGAAGAGAAGAAUUGUGUGACCGAACAGCAAAAGCAGUAUCACCAAAGAAUUCUUGAGGAAAACAUACAAGGAUCACGGCUAUUCUCUUACACACAACAGGACUCCUACUAUCCUGACGAUGCUCUACUCACUACAGAUUACAGAUCUAUUCUGUCUCUAAGGAAUCCAUCUGCUUUGCCUAUGUUGAGAAAUCGCAAACCCUUUACAGAAAGAUACAACAAGAAAAUAUUGGAUGAUAAACCAACUGAUACAAGAAUUCGUUCCAAUCAUUAUCUUUAUCAAGAACGAGAAAUUAUGUAUAUUAUGGUUGACUUAACGCCUAAGGAUGAAGUAUCCACUAACAUCGCUCAGUCACAGACAUUAUUAUGCACUAUCACUUACGAUAAAACGCAUAAGAUCCUAUCAGUAAAUCCUGACUUCUCUAAUGAGCAACAUUACAUCGUAGAUGGAAUUGGAAUGAGCUAUGAUUAUUGGAUCGAACAUGCAUCUGAGAAACCGGAUGCUGAGGCAUUGCAGCGAGAAAGGGAUAUCGCAAGACACGAAUUGCGGGAGAAACAGAUCUACAAGGAGGCCGAGAUUUUUCAGGAGUUUGAAUUACCAGCAGAAAAUAUAUUACGUGUCAUCUUGAAUUUGGAUAUCAUCUCAGCACAUGAUUUUCCAUAUGAUGCCUUGUUUAUCACGUACGUCGUCGAGCUGCCAACAUUUUGGAGCACGAAUCGACGCGAAACAUUAUCUGGCAGAACGCAGCGCUCCCGGAUGAGAAAGGAAACGUCGAAUUUUUGUUACGUUGCUGAAAUUCUUUUGGACUUGGAUCUGAACUGUUUGAAUGAUGAGAACGUGUUACCGUCGUGGCCGACAAUACUUUUGUCCGUGGGCUCACUUGAUAGUUGGACUAGGUAUCGUAUAGAAGGGUACGCAUCAUUUUCUCUACCACCAUCUGCAGGAACUCAUACAAUUACUCUGGAGACUUGGAGACCCGUAGCAGGCUUAGUGAAUUCUCUACGACGUUUCUUCACCGGUGGCACCUACGAACUUGAGGAUAUGAGUUACUGUGGAAUCCCAUCUCGACAUGACAAAACAAAAUUAGAGAAAUCCGAUUUGUCUGUAGUACCUAGCGGCUCCGUAAAGCUGAGAAUGAGCAUAGUUCAUCAGAGCAGGUCGUUCACCAGGGAGCGUGGUUUUCGUAGAGACACCUUUGAAAGACUGAGCGCAGGAACUCUCAUGAGUAGCGUAAACAAUGUUUUGGAACAAUUCAAAGCAGCCAGAGAACGAAUGAUAAGAGCACGUGCUGUAUUCACAUAGACCGAUAGCCGACAGGAAAUGAGGAAGUGCUUAUGUCUAGUUCAUAAUCGUGUUAUUAAUUUUUUUUAAUAGAAAAAGAAAUUAUGAAGGGAAAUUUUUCUAUGUGAACCAUAGAGACCCUAUCAUAACGAAGGUGAUUUUUAUUUCAACAAAAAUAACAAUUUACAUUGAAUCGUUUGAUAAUAAUAUUAUCGUGUAUGCUACACCGGUAGUUUACUGUAGGCAUGUUAUGCGCUCGCUCGCUAUUAAUCGUUAUUAAUUUUCUUUUAAUUAAUUAAUAAUAGUGUUCGUAGAAUA